UGGUGUGCGUGCUGUGCUGUGUAGACUAAACAGCGAGAAGGUGCAGAUUCAAACCUGCUUUUGCACAUAGUUUUUUUCUAACGUUUUAGCAAGAUUACUUUUCAACUUUUGUUUGGAAGAACAGACGUAUUUCUCUAACCUCCAGCUGGUCGAUGAGUGGUUUAAGUGAGUGGCCAUUGGAUGUGGGUGUGGGUGACUCUGAAGGUGCGCUGGCGCCCCCCUGGGGUGAGGAGCAUUAUGAGGAAUUGUGGGAGCGAGUAGAGGGGGUCAGACACAAGCUGACGCGCAUUCUGAACCCUGCUAAACUGACCCCGUACCUGAGGCAGUGUAAGGUCAUCGAUGAGCAGGAUGAGGACGAGGUCCUGAACUCAACCCAGCUGCCCCUGCGUAUUAGCAAGGCAGGCCGUUUAUUGGACAUCCUGAGAGGGCGUGGUGAGCGGGGGCUGCAGGCCUUCAUGGAGUCACUGGAGUUCUACCACCCAGAGCAAUACACACACCUGACAGGGCAUCAGGCCACCCAACGCUGCUCCAUCAUGCUGGAUGAGGAAGGCCCCGAAGGUCUGACCCAGUUCCUGCUGUUGGAGGUGCGUAAGCUGCAGGACCAGUUGCGUGUCAAUCGUGUGUGUGAACGCCGGCUGUCUCAGCGCUGCCGUGUAGCUGAAGAUGAACGAAGCCGCGCUGAGCGCAAAGUACAGGAGCUCCGACAGGAAUGUAUCCAGCUGGAGAGGCUGAGGCAGGACUGGGAGGCAGGGGCGAGAGAGCUGGGCCGGCUGAAGGAGAGGCACCUGGAGCAGGCAGUGAAGUAUUCACACGCCCUGGAGGAACAGCGCAAGACCUCCACCCAGGAGAAAGAGCUACUCAAACAGGUGGAGCAGCUGAAGAGCAGACUCAUGGAGGUGGAGAGAAGUGCUAAUGCAGACGCCACCCCCAUGGCAUCUGUCAAAAGGGCCAGUUUAGUGCGUGAACCUGAAGACAGCACUCCUGCUGGCCAGAAUGCAGUACUGCAGUGCACAAACAUGCUGAGAGAGCGCAUUACUGGCACUCGGGCUCUGUUGGAUAUUCUGCAGCAGGACAGGAGAGAAGCAGCAGAACAGAGGCAGGAACUGUGCGGUACCAUCCUCAGACUGCAGGGGGAGCUGGAGAAUGCUGAGGUUGCCAGGGAGAAGUUGGAGGCUCACACUGAGCAGCUCCAGCUGAAAUUAAGGACCCUGCAGCUGGACUGGGAGACAGAGCAGAAGAGGUGUAUGUCUUACUUCAACCAGAUCAUGGAGCUGGAGAGAGAGAGAGACCAGGCCCUUCGUAGUCGGGACAGUCUGCAGCUGGAGUUUACGGACUGCCUCCUGGAUAAGAACCGUCUGCGGAAGCGCAUCGCUGAGCUGCAGAGCAGCCAGGAACAGCUGCAGAGAGAGCUGGAGAGAGAGAAAGAGAAGAGCCGUGAGCAGAGCAGCGCCCCCUGCAGGCACGGAUCUCAUCUAUCUCUCCUCAGUGAGGACCAGUGUUUUGGACCCUGCUGUUCUCUUGGUCUGAUUUCCCAAGAUGGCAUACAACAAUUACAGCACAAGUUGUCCUUAAAUGGUCAGGAAACUGUGCCACUGGAUGACUUCUGCUCUAACUCUGAAGAGAACCUUUUCAGUCAGUCGGAGUGUAACAGUGCUAAGGAGAUAAACCGACUCUCCAUAUUUCCAUUCCCACCUUGCAAGAACUCCAUCAACCGCAGAGUCAACACUGAGUUUGAUCUAGACUCCUGGGGCAGUGAUGAAACCGAAACCACAGAAGACACUGAAUCAGCGUUCUGGGAUUCAUGCAGUUCUCUGCACUCUCAACUUUUCCCUCCUGACCUGAUGAAUCUUCUGUCUGCGUCACCCAGCAAGCCCUUACCUGCAUCCGAGGAUUCAGAAUGCCUGCCAGCGGUUCCUGCACCCAAGAAUGUGAGUCUAGCUGAUGACAUCACUAUCAUUGGGGGCAACAGAACGGGAAUAUUUGUGCAGACGGUGAGGGCGGGGUCACCAGCGGAGAGGUGCGGCCUCAAAGAGGGGAGUGAGCUACUAGAGUUGGAGCAGGCCCAGUUUGCAGGGGGGCAAAUGGUGCUGAAUAAGUGCACUGGGGAGGUAGCACACUUCUCCCUUCAGUGGUGGACUGAUCCUGCCUCUGUCAAACACAGGCUAAAUGAGGAAGGUUACUCUCGUUUGAACAGUGAGCUGUCCUCUCCCUCCUUCACUGGUGCGGACUCUUUUUAUGUGCGUGUGAAUCUUGACCUCUGUUCCCAUGGCGAUCUACCUUGUCUACACGCAAGCUACAAUGACAUACUGCAUGUGACAGACACACGAUACAACGGCAAAUACCAGUGGCGUUGCACCUGUGUCGACACACUCUCUGCCAAACCAUUACAGGCUGGGGCAGUGCCAAAUUACAACAGGGCUCAGCAGUUGUUGCUGGUGAAAUUGCGUACAAUGGCGCUACAACAGAAAGACAGCAAGAAGAAAUUUGGUAGAAAGGCUUCUGAUCGUGUGAGGUUGGUGAAGGCGCUGUCUCCAUACUACCAGAGGACUGGCUCCUUCUACCCUGUCCUCUACACACUUAGUAACCGGUAUGAGGAGCACCUGAUCCCCUACAGUCUGGUGCAGCCUGUGCGUGCUGAGAGCCGGAGGCCCGUGGUGUUCUCUCCCUCUCUGCUCUCACGCGGUCUCAUCGAGAGGCUGCUGCAGCCGGCUGAGUCUGGCCUCCACUUCAACACCUGCCAGCCAGAGCUGAUCUCAGUGGGGGAGCGUGAGGAUAAGGGUGUUUUCCUGCUGAACUCUACCGCCUCUGACCCCACACUGGGCAUCAGAGUGCAGAGCAUACAGGAGGUCAUAAACCAGGACAAGCACUGCUUGCUGGAAUUAGGAGUGAGCAGUGUUGAGUCUCUCCUCAGGCAGGAACUGUAUCCCAUCGUCAUCCUCAUUAAGCCAAAAGACAAGAAGGGCAGGAAGUUCCGGAAGUUGUUGUCUGGUCGUGGGGAACAGGAGGUGAUGGAGGCGGUUCAGGUCGAGGAGUUGCAGCUGGAGACGUUGCCUCUACUCUACUGUACCCUGGAGGCCAAUAUGUGGAACACCACCGAAGAGCUGUUGAAGGCUGUGCGCAAUACCAUCUACAGACAGCAGAGGGCAGUGGCGUGGGUGGAAGUGGACAGGCUGCAGUAGGGCAGGGCCACACAGACGUUUUCACCUGCAGAUCUGAGGGAAUUCAUAGGUUUCCUGUCAGAAGGAAGACUGACAGUGAGAGUGUUUGUUUAUUUGAUGUAUUUAGCAGGAUUGUAUGUAACUGUUCUAAUUUCAUAAUACUCAAACUAUACGAUUUAAUAUCAGCUUUUUUAAAUAAGAAACUGGUGA